UCGUUCUUCUCGCGGCACGGCGGAACAGUAUCUUCUGCUGUUCCGUGGAGUCAGCAGUGGCAGCGGCGACGGCUGAUCACGCACUUGUGAAACUGAGACGAAGACGACACCGAGAUGUAUCCGAAGACGAUCAGUGGCCACCAAGCGAGCCAGGAACACGUACUCGCCGUGUCCCGGGACUUCAUCGCGCAGCCCCGACUCACGUAUAAGACAGUGUCUGGAGUAAACGGUCCAUUGGUGAUAUUGGACGAGGUGAAGUUCCCAAAGUAUGCUGAGAUCGUACAAUUGAAGCUCGCAGAUGGCUCUCUACGUUCUGGUCAAGUACUCGAGGUGUCCGGCUCUAAAGCCGUGGUCCAAGUCUUCGAGGGCACAUCGGGUAUCGACGCGAAAAACACUCACUGCGAGUUCACCGGUGAUAUUCUGCGGACCCCCGUGUCUGAGGACAUGUUGGGUCGUGUGUUCAACGGCUCAGGCAAACCGAUCGAUAAAGGUCCGCCGAUUCUGGCGGAGGACUACUUGGAUAUCCAAGGACAGCCUAUCAAUCCGUGGUCCCGUAUUUAUCCGGAGGAGAUGAUUCAAACCGGAAUAUCAGCCAUCGACGUUAUGAACUCCAUUGCCCGUGGUCAGAAAAUCCCCAUUUUCUCUGCUGCUGGUCUGCCACAUAAUGAGAUCGCCGCACAAAUCUGUCGUCAAGCGGGCCUCGUAAAGUUGCCCGGCAAGUCCGUUUUGGACUCGCACGAGGACAACUUCGCCAUUGUGUUCGCAGCUAUGGGCGUUAACAUGGAGACGGCGCGUUUCUUCAAGCAAGACUUCGAAGAGAAUGGCUCCAUGGAGAAUGUGUGCCUCUUCUUAAACUUGGCCAACGACCCGACGAUCGAGAGAAUCAUCACGCCGCGUCUCGCCCUGACCGCGGCCGAGUUCCUGGCGUAUCAAUGCGAGAAACAUGUCCUGGUCAUCCUCACCGACAUGUCGUCGUAUGCCGAAGCGUUGCGAGAGGUGUCGGCCGCUCGCGAGGAGGUGCCGGGUAGACGCGGUUUCCCCGGUUACAUGUACACCGAUCUGGCGACUAUCUACGAGCGCGCCGGCCGUGUGGAGGGCCGCAAUGGUUCCAUCACGCAGAUCCCGAUUCUCACUAUGCCGAACGACGACAUCACUCACCCGAUUCCCGAUCUGACCGGAUACAUCACGGAGGGUCAGAUCUACGUUGACCGUCAGCUGCACAACAGACAGAUCUAUCCACCUGUGAACGUACUGCCAUCUCUAUCGCGUCUCAUGAAGUCCGCUAUUGGCGAAGGCAUGACGCGAAAAGAUCAUUCUGAUGUGUCUAAUCAGCUGUACGCUUGUUACGCCAUCGGAAAGGACGUGCAAGCCAUGAAAGCCGUCGUGGGAGAGGAAGCAUUGACGCCGGACGACUUACUUUAUCUGGAAUUCUUAUCAAAGUUCGAAAAGAACUUCAUCUCGCAGGGUAGCUACGAAAACCGCACGGUGUUCGAGUCGUUGGACAUCGGCUGGCAGCUGCUGCGAAUCUUCCCCAAGGAGAUGCUCAAACGAAUCCCAGCCAGCACUCUCGCAGAAUUCUACCCGAGGGACUCCCGUCAUUAAUCGCCGUUUAUUUAAGAGUCUAGCCUUAUACCCAUGUAACCUCCUGCUCACAAUUUUGUUUUAAUCCUUAAGCCGUAAGAAAUUAAUCAUAGUUGAUUAUUCUUAAAAUAAUUGACUGUGGUUAGAGUCAAUUUCUUACGGCUUAAAAAUUAAAGCAAGAUUGUGAACAAGGAGUAAGAUCAAGUCAUCGGAGUUUGAAAUGAAACGGCGAAAAGUACGCGUUAUAUCUCACGCCUGCGGCCCUCUGUUCAUUCGACACUGUUUAGAACAAAGGAAAAUUAAUUAUCCUCGCGUAUUCACAGAGUACAUCGACGUAAUUUGAUAAGAGAACAAUUUAACUGGCGCUUGCUUUUAUUGUAAGAAAAAGUAAAAGAGAAAUGAGAAAGAAAAAGAGAGAAAGAAAGAGAGUAACUCGCUCUGUUACACACUAUAAAUAUUAACAGUACAAGCUACAGGAUCGUUUCUCUUUUUUGAUGUUGUGCAAUGAAAGUGUAAAGUAAAUAUCGUGUUGAGAAAUUGAGUGAGGAAAUUGACCUAGCUCGGAAUUCUACGGACGGAUCUGUAGUCGCGGUUCCGGUGCUGUGCGUGUUGUCUAUCAUGGUAAUAAAAACUGUGAAUAUAUCGUUUCAAUUUUAACGCAUGCCUCUCGUGCUUAGAGCAGUGCUCGCCCACACUAAGCCGACAAUUGUAAAGUGUAAUAUAUCAUUCAGUAUUAACAUAGAUGAAAAGUAUAGCGGGACACGUAGUUGGCGAAUACGUGGUAUUUCCCUACAUUCCACUUGCGAAAUUCACAUAUAACAUGUUUUAUGCGUUUGAACCAAAUCCAAGGGAAAGAUGUUUAACACCACAUGUACAGAUACUUAUUUAGAGGAUGUUCUGAGUGAAACCUUACUGUGCAUUGUCUCUGCGAAAGGCAAGAUGUAUAUGUUAGAAAUAGAGAAUUAAAGGAACAUUGUUGUCUUUGAA